GCACCGCCGCCGCGUCACCUCCUUUCCUUCGGUGUAAGUCACAGGCAAAAACCAGGAUGUAAGGUGGUUCUUGCUGUGGUUCUUACGCGGCAUGACGAUUCUUCGGCUAUGUUGCGCCACAAUACGCGGCUACGACCCACUUGGUCCGGCUCAAGCGGUCACGAAGGCUACGAUUCGUAGCCUACGGGUUCAGCCUUGCCAUGCUAUGUAAGAUCCCAGAAGCGUUACCGAUGCCUGUCGUACAUCAUGUUGCUCGAGUGCAUUUGUGGCGCGUAACGGACGAGAACAUGAAGGUGUUGAAAUUUCGGAGAGGAUGUUAUUUUGUAUGUAUUGUUACGUCACACGCUGAUUACACUCGGCCGAUAUCGCACCUCUUCAGCCAGCCAGCAAGUUCAGUGACUCAUGUACGCAAGAUAAAUCGGGAACACAGAUUGUCUGGAAUUGCUGUGUUAAUCGUCUGGCAAAGCCUUGGAAUUGUCCAUGUUUUCUCGCCAUUUCACGAUAACCCCAAGCACAAAGGAAAACUUCACGCCACAACAAUGCUGUUGAUCAAGGCCAGGAACAGAUCUUAGAUCGCGCAAAGGCUUAUAGAUCGCGUCGCAAAAUUCAAUGAUC